AUGUCUUCCUGGCAAGAGAACUUUGAUAUUGCCGCAUCAUGGGCGCGCAGCCACUUCGGGUGGAGGCUCUCGCACGAAACUGUUGACACUGUAUAUGCUAAAAUCCUGGAGGCAUUACAAACCAAAACACAGGCAAACACUCAGCCCAACACACAACCACGCGGCUCUGUCAUACCUGCAGCCCAGGACAGGGUGAUCGAGAUCCAAGCAGAGGUUGAAGGAGCAACACAACACCCACGCACAGUGCUUCAGCAGAACUGGUAUGACGCCAUAACUGCCAGACAGGAUGCACCGCCCACGACAGCGAUCCCACUUCCUCAACGCCAGCCUAGGAUACAUCAACAGGACUCCAGGCCAGCACAAACAACGGGGACGCUACUGGUGACUGCGGACGUGCAUCAGGACCCCACCGACCAGGCACAACAGACGGAGACUGCAGGGCCGGAUGAUGUCCUGGACCUGCUGAAUGAAGUUCCUCCUACGCCACAACCGGUGCCUCCACCAGCUCCUCAACCUACUCCAGACCCCACGAUUGCAGCUGAGUUUCCUGAGCUCACCAAGCUGAGGGAAGAGUUCACGGCCCAACUCCAGGAGCUCAGGACCCCUGCUGCCCCAUCCGAGCGGCCGGCAGCCUCUACAGAUGAGGAAAUUCCACGCUUGGAAGUGGAAAUUUCAGAAAAUUCCGACAAGGAAGAUUUGGAGGAGCAAGAUCCCGGGCCCUCUUCCACUCUCACCAGCAUUAGGGUUACUGCCUGUCAGCCACUUCAUCCCACACCUAUCUCUGGGCCCCACAACUCCGCCUCUUCCACUGAGGAGACCAGUAUUAGGGAUACUGCCGGUCAGCCACUUCAUCCCACACCUGUCCCUGGGCCCCACAACUCCGCCUCUUCCACUAAGCUGACUGGCCAACUUUAUUCCAGCCCUGUCCCUGGGCCCGACCACUCCCCCUCUUCCACUGACGAGACCGGCAUUAGGGAUACUGCUGGUCAGCCACUUCAUCCCACACCUGUCCCUGGGCCCCACAACUACAGCACUUCAACUGGACCUACUGCUGGUCAGCUGCUUCCUUCCACCCCUCUUCCUGGGUCCCCCAUUUCCUCUACUAUACAAGUUUCAACAGUGUCAAAUUGCCAAGGCUGCAACCAGCUCUCUUUCAGGGUGCUGCAGCUAGAAAACCUUUUGAUGGCAGCACAGACACCAAUACGUAGACCAUCUAAACUACCUCUGUCAGCUCAAAAAGGAGAGCAUGUCAGCAAAGCGACAAAGGGUGAAAAUUUAUUUGAAAGGAUUCUGAAAGACUUUCAGAAGUUUCGCCUGGGGUCAAGAUCAGGAAAAAAGGAUACUGAAAAUGCACGUCAGUCAGCGAGCCACGGCCUUCGAUUUUGCCUGUAUAAGGCUUCUGGCCUACCUCCGAAUGCUAUCACUGAAGACCUUAGAUUCCUGACCCAAAUUUACAAGUUACAGGCUUUUACAGCGUACCUGUCCAAUAAAGGCUAUGCCCCAACCACAAUAAAAAACAUGCUGAACAACGUAAUUUUGUUUCUCCCCCACGUGGAGAACUCCUUUCAAAAGACAAUCAGCUUAGCGCAAAAGAUGAAAAUAAAUUUAUGAUUACCACCAGGCAACGGAUUCAGGAACUGAUCGAAAGCGUACCUUGCCAUGGGGGGAGGACCAUUCCAUUCUCAUGGGAUACAUCAUGGGCUACUUGGGCAUGUUGAGUGGACACCGAUCCGUUGCCAUCCCCAACAUGACCAAGAAGCAGGUCAUCAACAGAGAGUUGGAAGAAUGGAAAGCAAUUCCAAGUUCUGGUUGAGAAGCCAGGAAACGUCCUCAAUCUGGCUUGGGGGGAUGCCGGCAUGGAGGGAACCUGCAACCAGAUCCGGAGCAGCGCCUCCAUUCAAGCCAGCCAACACCUCUCCGAGAAGGAGCGGAAACAGGUGGCAAAAACAAUGUGUCACGACCCCACCACGGCAGAUCGAUUCUAUGUCGCUCUGCCAGACAAAGACAGAAACCUGAGGUUGAAAGUGCUGAAGAGCGCUUUGGAUCGUGAUGAGGAUGAGGAUAAGGAAGAGGAAAAAGGCAGCACCAGUUCAAGUGCUGAAGAACCACCUUACGAUGACCAUACAGAGUCAGAUUCAUCUCCCUUUGAGAAGGAGAUGACAAAAUUGAGACAACGGCACAGACUGACUCCGAAAAGCUCCAAAAGGAAACUGUUCAUCGGGGAUCCGCGAAGUGGAUCAAAGACCCCCAAGAAGUGUAAGAUAUUGGUGCAAAAACUUGGGACUCCAAUAGCCAAGUAUGGACUUGUAGGAAGAGUGGUGAGUGUAAAGACACUACUUGUUUGGUUUACACUUUUUACAUUUUUUUUGCACUGGAACUUUCUUUGCUGAAUUAAUGGCACUUUAUUUUUAAGUCACUUUGUUUAGUUUUCUCUCUUUUUGGGAAGGCUUGGUGAUACUUGUUUGGUGGACAAUUUAUUAAAUUAUUUUCACUAACCCUACUUUAGAUUUUUUGCUUAAUUAAUGGCACUUCAUUUUUAAGUCACUUUAUUUUUAGUUUUCGCUCUUUUUGGGAAGGCUUGGUAAUACUUGUUUGGUCGACAAUUUAUAAAAAUUUUUUCACUAACCCUACUUUUGAUUUAUUGCUGAAUUUUUACUUUUUACGGCACUUUGCUUUUUGCACGGGUUCAGGUUUUCUGGAUAAAUGUUCAUAAAUGUUAAUUUUUGUCUCUGUCUCUUGCUUUGAGUUUGUAUAAGUACUCUGUAUUACACUACACACAUUAAUACAUUGAAUAUUUCACCUGCUCAUAUUUUAAAGGCUGUUUGAGGUAUCGGGCUGAUUCUAAUAAGAAAUGAAAGCCUGGAGAUUGCUGAAUCCAAUAAAGGGUGCAAGGUCACUCUAGGUACAUGUACUGAUGAGUUAUCAUGCUUUGAGUGCUUCCACAUUCCAAAUCUGGAAUUUUUUCAUUUGGUCAUAUUUCAAAGACCGUUUGAGGCAUAGAUAUAGAUAGAUAUAGAUAUUUGUUCUAUGUCUAUGGUUUGAGGUAUCAGGCUGAUUCCAAUAAAAGAAUUAAAGUUUGGACGUUGCUCUGUCACUCAAGGUAUUGAAUUGGAGGUAUUUCAACAGCUCAAAUUUUAGAGCCUGAGGGUUGACUUGGGGUCAAUUGUAAUGGAAAGAGCAUAACAAAUUGAGAAUUUCAACGUUGAAAUUGUUGUAAUCCGAUGAAAUAUGGGUACAUGAGAGCCAUGAGAAUGCAGGUAAAAAAAUGAAUGAAAAAGAUUAGAAAGUGGAAGGCCUUCCAUAUCCCCACCUAUUAUGUAGCCCACCCCCUUGAGUAUGGCGGUAUAUUGCAUGGUUAGCAAUGUUGAUGAAAUUAGUAUAAAAAAUUGGAUAAAAAUUUUACGAAUUCAUCGGCGCAAGAGGGUUAAGCCCUAACCCAGAAAGGCACAACAGCGGCUCUACUUUUUACGAAUACACAAAAGGAGCAACCUGUCUGCUGAGCUGCUUAAGAUCUUCUUCCACUGUUCUAUUUGAGUGGCAUAACAUACUGUAUGAGCGCAUGGUAUGCCAACUGCACAGGCAAGGACAGGAAAUCCCUCAAUCGAAUUAUAAGAUCCGCUGAAAAAAAACAUUUGACUUCCCCUGCCCCCACUGGACGACAUCUUUAAGAUCCGCUGCCUCCGCCGAGCGCACAAUAUUCUGCAGGAUAAGACACACCCCUCAAAACAUCUCUUCUCGCUGCUUCCAUCUGGAAGGCGGUAUCGGGCUUUUAGAGCACGCUCUUCCAGGGUGCAGAACAGUUUUAUCCCCAGGGCCAUCACAGAACUGAACAAUCAUGCCCCCCACCUCCCAGUCAGCACAGUUGCACUUUUUAGAUAGGGAUUUUAUGAAAUGGGACUUAAUGCAAUAUUGGAUGCCUUGAUAAUGUUUUUAAUGUUUUUAUAUUUUAUCUAUUGUGUGAGUGUGUAUAUGAAAAGGAGUAUUGUUUUAGAGGUUGCACAAGUAAAGUUCGUUGUAUGGUUCUGCUGCACAAUGACAAUUAAAGUCUAUUCUAUUCUU